GUAUUGACAAAAUUUUAUCCGACCACAUGUCGUCUCCGGACAGUAAUCACAACACAAGCGUAGACAGUUCCUCCGGCACAAGUGAUACUCCAAGCCACAGAUUGGCGAUAUACCAAACAAACUUUGCAGGAACAGUGCAUACCGGGGUUUUCUGCACCAAAACAGUCAUUUCCAGAGGCGCACGGUUCGGACCUUUCAAAGGGAAAAUUGUGCGACCCAGCGAGUCGAAAUCAAGGGACGAUAACAGCUGUAUGUGGGAGAUUUUUCAAGAUGGGAAGUUAAACCAUUUUAUUGAUGGACACAGUUGCAGCGGUAACUGGAUGGCGUAUGUGAACUGUGCCAGAUAUGCGCAAGAACAGAAUCUCAUUGCCAUGCAGGUUGAAGGAGAGAUCUGGUAUGAAGCCUGCAAGGACAUCCCCCAGGGAACCGAGCUCUUGGUCUGGUACGGCGAUUGCUACCUGCAGUUCAUGGGCGUGCCCGUCGCCUUGAAGGAGAUGGCGGACGGCGGGGCGCAGGAGGAAGUCAACACUAGUGAGGGCUUCAGCUGUGAGAGGUGCGGCAAGGUGUUUGCCUACAAGUACUACAGAGACAAGCACCUCAAGUACACCAGGUGUGUCGAUCAAGGUGACCGCAAGUACCCGUGCCACCUGUGUACCAGAUCUUUCGAGAAGAGGGACCGCCUCCGCAUCCACAUACUACAUGUACACGAGAAGCAUCGGCCUCACAAGUGUCUGGUCUGUGCCAAAAGUUUUAGCCAGUCGUCGAGUCUCAAUAAACAUAUGAGGGUUCACAGCGGAGAGAGACCGUACAAGUGUGUCUACUGCAAUAAAGCGUUCACAGCGUCCAGUAUCUUACGUACACACAUCCGCCAACACUCGGGGGAGAAACCUUUCAAGUGCAAACAUUGCGGGAAAGCUUUCGCCUCACACGCAGCCCACGACAGUCACGUGAGAAGGACUCACGCCAAAGAACGUGCAUGUACGUGUUCAGUCUGUGGAAAAACAUUCCAACAACCCUACGAGUUGAAAUUUCACAUGGGUUCUCAUUUCGCCCAGUGA